AUGAUAGCCCUGCGUUACAACACCAUCCGACAUGUUAAACCUGCUGAAACCUACGUGCUUUCAAUCGCUUUUCGUCGAGGUUCUGGCAAGCGUCACCGAGCGCGCUGUACAGUAGCGCCGUUUUAUAAUGGUAUUCUGUUCGCAAUCAAACUGGAAAGUUUCCAAGGGCGUCUGCUUGCAUCACUUCUUCAGUGUUUCGACUUCCCAUCAAGUGUCAACGUCCAACCUUGGAGCUUGAAGCUUGAAGUUCGAUGGGCCGGCAAGCCUUCGCAUUCAUACUCUGACUUUUCUCCAUCGACUUCAAUAAUCCCUCACUUCCGUACAUCAUCAUACAUUGGAUCACACCUUUCGUCUCGUCUUGGUCUAAAUGCCCUCUUUUCGCACUGCUGCGUCUCCAAAGCCGAAGAGCAGAGACUCUAUCCUACCCACUCGAAGGUUCAUCAUCGUCAAGCGCUUUUCUCGCGCGGCUUCCUAGCUGCUAUCGGCAAAUCCCGCACAAUUUAUUUAUCCAAGGUCGCACCAUCCAUCCGGCGACUCUUAGGAAAGAUCAUUCACAAUCACACCCCGGAAACCUCUGCACGUCAAAACUUUCCUCGUCUUGGUUGCCAACCAGUCAGGAUUGCUUGUCGAACUGCUCAGGGCUUCAAAGCGUUUGGAUUACAUGCCGACCGCCCUGCUCGGGCGCGAGUGCCCUAUUUUCCCAGACGUCGUUCGAGGCUUCAGCGUAUCCUCGGAGCUUGUAUCCAGUCUUGGGGCUAUAACAAUCCUGUCAUCCCUCGCGAAAGUGACACUUCUCAUCACGUUUUCACAGAUGGCGAUGAGUUUAUGGCGAGCGUCGACGAUGAGCCAUGGGACGAAGGCGCUUUUGACAUCAGUAUGAUGAGCGUCGACGACAACCUAUUGGACAUUCACGAAGUACCACACUAUGAAGAUCGUCUUAAGGUGUGUCAAAAAGACCUCAAUGUCCCUGUCUCCAGGAACCUGGCCGUGGAUAAAGACCUCGUAUACUCGCUGUCUAUCAGCACGGAGCAACUUGCGUGGGAUAUUGAAGCAGCGCUGCACAGCCUUGAGCGCGAUUUGGAGGAAGAUGAUUAUGACUCGCCGCCGGACCACUCUAAGGCACUUGGGGAUCUGCCCGAUGCUCUCUUGAAGCGCUCGAUGGAGGCCCUCGUUGAUCAUUCCGCACAAUACAAGUAUCUACACGAUGAUGGGGUUAUAGAUACGCCCAUGGACGAUCCGAAGCCUGCUGCUCCCUCUGAACUCCUCUAUCCGCCCCCGAUUUUUCCCGAUCUGACAGUUGAUCUUUUCGCAAAAUUACCUUCGAUCGUCCUUCAUAGUCCUCCAGACGCUCAGACGAAGACGCCAUCCCUCAUUGCUCUCCUGCAGGACUCCGUUAGUGAUACCGUGGCCCACCCUUCGAUACCUCUUCAGAAGUCGAUGUCCGAGGGUAAUUGUGCAAGAUCUAGCACAGCUGAAGAGCAUGCUAGUGGCGAAGUGCAGGCUUCCAAACCUGUAAAGCCUGUUAGAAGAGGUUUAAUCUCUCAGACUUCGAUCGACGAUGACAGGAAGGUUUGGUGCCUCGCCAGGACCUCUCAGUCAGGGGAAUCCAGCUUAUCUUCCUCGUCAACUUCCUCAUCUCAGACUGUCAGAUCUCAUCUGCCUUAUCUUCGAUGCCUCCCUCGACAUGAAGACAAGUCGUUCUACGUGGAAGGGCGUCAAGCAUGCAGAAUGCUUGUAUCUAGAACAUGCGCGAUACUGUUCGUCAGUCUAUGUCGGAAUAUGUCAAGUAACUCUCCAUCAAGUCUAGUGUCCUCCUUCAUCUUCUCCACCGUUGUCAUCAUCGCCGCGCCAAUAUACUUUCAAGCAAUCCGCUCGCCUAAGAUCCAAUGA